CUUGCGGGGUGCGGUCCGCUACCGGCACGCAAACCGCUAUAUCGUCCCAUUCGAAUAUUACCGCGACGCCGCGUCGUCCUCGUGGCAGUGCGUAAUCGACAGCAAAGCUCUGCCGCGGAGUCCUGUUUCUCACUGAGACGUUUCCCCGAGAGACAAACGCAAGUUCGUGCUGCUGCGAAUAUUUGCUGCUCCGCCGUACAUACCGCCGUGUCCCCGGUGCUCCGAUUUAGUAUAUUUCUAGUAAAAAAGAAUCAAAACUCGCGCCACCAUCAUGGUAUGUUCUAUCGAUGAUAUCGCUGAUGAGCUGCCCCCGGAACAAAUUGCUGUUUUGCGCAAAGCUUUCGACAGCUUCGAUAGGGAGAAAAGCGGCAGUAUUCCCACCGACAUGGUGGCCGAUAUCCUUCGGUUAAUGGGUCAACCGUUCAAUAAGAAGAUCCUGGAUGAGCUCAUCGAUGAAGUUGAUGCUGAUAAGUCCGGGAGACUUGAGUUUGAUGAAUUCGUCACGUUGGCGGCGAAAUUCAUCGUUGAGGAAGACGCGGAGGCUCUGGAGAAGGAACUUCGGGAGGCUUUCAGGCUCUACGACAAGGAAGGUAACGGCUACAUCCCAACGACGUGCUUGCGUGAAAUCCUGAGAGAAUUGGACGAUCAGUUGACGAACGAGGAAUUGGAUAUGAUGAUCGAAGAGAUUGACUCUGAUGGUUCUGGCACAGUCGACUUCGAUGAAUUCAUGGAAAUGAUGACCGGAGAAUAAUUUCUUAGCGUGAAAGGUGAACUGCUUCUGGAUCCAAAGACACUCGUGCGCAUGCAACGUUAUGCCUUGAAGUUAAUCAUUCGCGUGUUUAUAAGAAAUCAAUGCACCACAAUUGACAGACAAAUUUAUUCGCACAGAUAUCUUCCACAUUACGAUCAAUAUCUAGAAGCAAAUUCUUGCCAUAAACAUCGAUUGAAUAUAUUUUUUUGCUUUUAUACAUCCAUCACAUUUAUUUUAAAGGGACGAGCUUUAUUUUGUUUCAUAUACUUAUAUGA